CGACGCUCGGCAAUGAAAUUCCAUGAAAACCCACAGAGUGAUGAUGUUCUCACAUUCAUCACACACCAUCCCACAGCUGCAGUUUUCAGGGACUUCUUUCCAGUUUCUCUGCUUUGUUGUUGUUCCCUCAUCUUUAUAUUUAACUCUAACUCUCUAUAUUUCUCUGUUAUAUCUCCACCUAUUUAUGUAUUUUAUAUACACCCAUAUCUAUACCUCUCCCCCUAUCUCGAUAUAUACAUCUCUCCCUCCUCUCCUCCUUCUUUCCCCACCUACAGCGCUCUCUCUGUGUAUCCGUGUCCAUCUCUCUCUCUGGAUUUAUUUGUUUAUGCAAAUAUUUCUAAACAGCUCGAGAAAACGCGCUGCGCUCGGCGGUGGAUUAAACGCGCCUGGCUGGCGGCGCUCGAUUGGCAGCCCUGGCGCGCAGAGAAGCGGAAGCGGAAGCGGAAGCGGCGAGCGCGGCCAUGCGGGCCCCGGGGCCGUGCGCGGAGUGCGGGGCGGGGGGCGCGGCCCGGUACCGCUGUCCGCGCUGCGGCAGCGCUUAAGCGCUGCGCGCCCGAUGCCCGGCGGGAGCGGGAGGCGGCCGGGCAGGGCCCUCUCCCGGGCCCCGCAGCCGGCGCUCCGGAGGACAUCCCGAGCGAGGAGGAGGAGCAGGACCGCGUCCCGCCGCAGCGACUGCAGCUCCUGGGAGAGUCGGAAGAGCUGCGGGAGCUGCUGCGGAACCCGCACCUGCGGCAGCUGCUGCUCGCCCUGGAGCGGGCCCGGGACAAAAGCUCCGUGCUGAGGCAGCUGAUGCAGGAGCCGCUGUUCGUGGAGUUCGCCGACUGCUGCCUGCGCAUUGUGGAGCCUCCCGAGGAGAAGGAGAACGUGCUCCCCGAGUGAGCUGCCGUGCGAGCGGGGCUUUUCUUCAUUUGUCCUUGAGGUUUUUGUUUUGGGAGGGUUGCCAGCAGCCAGAGCUGCUGCUCUGUGUGUGUCCUGGCCGCUGUGCCCGGGGAUGUCAGGGCUCUGAUUCCAGCCUGGAGCUGCCACACGGCCAGGGCUCUGCUGGGACACGUUUUUACAUCCUGGGGGCUGACCUUGGUCCUCUGUGGAAUUCUUUCUGUUGGCACAGGAAAUGUUGCUUCACGGUGCCAAUAUUAAAUGUAUUUACAUUUUUUUUAA